CUUACAAUCUUGGUCUCCCCUGCUCCACCUUCUCUCUGAACAAACCCGCCGCUUCUUCUUCUGCAUCCCACGACUCCCACCUCUCUAGGUCACCAACCCUGCUCUGUCGCCCUUUCUUCUCAUUCUUCUUCUUUCAGCGUGUCACGGCCACCAUCAGAGCCGGAGUCAAAUAUUAAUCAUAAUUCAAGAUGCAAGUUGUUCCCUCAGAAGGAGGGAAUGCUUUGGCUACAGUUGGUCCUCGGCCAAUGGAGUGGUCCACUGUUCCAUAUAGUGCUCCUCAAGGACCUGGGCCAAAUGGGAAGCAGCGGACCUCAAGUCUGGAAUCAUCGAUCAUGUUGUUGACAGGCCAUCAGAGUGCCAUUUAUACAUUAAAGUUUAAUCCAGCUGGAGACGUGAUUGCAUCUGGGUCUCACGACAAGGAAAUUUUCCUAUGGAACGUUCAUGGUGAUUGCAAGAACUUUAUGGUUUUGAGAGGGCACAAGAAUGCAGUUCUAGACCUUCAUUGGACUACGGAUGGAUUUCAGAUAGUUACUGCCAGCCCUGAUAAAACGCUGAGAGCAUGGGAUGUUGAGACUGGAAAACAAGUUAAGAAGAUGGCAGAGCACUCCUCCUUUGUCAAUUCAUGUUGUCCCACGAGAAGAGGGCCACCGCUAAUUGUCAGCGGAUCUGAUGAUGGAACUGCAAAACUUUGGGAUAUGCGUCAAAGGGGUGCCAUUCAAACAUUUCCAGAUAAAUAUCAGAUUACAGCAGUAAGCUUCUCCGAUGCAUCAGAUAAGAUCUUCACAGGUGGAAUCGACAACGAUGUCAAGGUAUGGGAUUUGCGCAAAGGUGAAGUGAUGAUGACACUCCAAGGCCAUCAAGAUAUGAUAACUGGAAUGCAGUUGAGUCCUGAUGGUUCUUAUCUUCUCACAAAUGGAAUGGACUGCAAGCUCUGCAUAUGGGACAUGCGCCCCUAUGCCCCCCAAAACCGAUGCGUAAAGAUCUUGGAAGGGCACCAACAUAACUUUGAAAAGAACCUUCUGAAAUGUAGCUGGUCUCCAGAUGGUAGCAAAGUCACCGCAGGUAGUUCAGAUCGGAUGGUUUACGUAUGGGAUACGACUUCUCGACGUAUCUUGUAUAAGCUUCCUGGGCAUACUGGAUCUGUCAAUGAGUGUGUCUUCCAUCCCAGUGAGCCUAUCGUUGGAUCUUGCAGUAGUGAUAAACAGAUAUAUCUUGGGGAGAUUUGAUCCUGAUCUACAUCAGGAAUUGUCAACCUGUAAUGUAGUGUUUUAUGGUUCAUGGAUAUCAAUUAGUCAAUUGCUUCUAUUUUCCGAAUGUAAGUGACCCACAAAAAUGAUGGUCGGUUUUCAAGCUUGACAUUUUGGGUCUUGUCUGGCCACUGUAGCAAACGUUUUCAUGACAAAUACUUGCAUUUGGAACCUUGUUUCCAUAUCAUGAUUUGUGGAAUUUCUUUUUAGGCUUU